AUGCAAGGUUCCGAAAUUAAUUUAACUAAUUUAACCUCGGCUUGGUUGCCCGUUGCCGCCGCCGUGUUUCUAGUUCUGCACAAUCGUUCUAAAUCCGAAGGGCUUGUUGGUGGCUUAGCCCAAAUGCAACCGUCGUCUCUGCAUUCCAAUUUCUUCUCAUCUCUGAGGCAGGUUGAGAAAAGAUUGAAGCUUGAAAGCCCAACGCAACCCUUCAGUUUGUCGCCGCCACCACCCCUACCACCAGCAUAUUUGCGCGUUAACGAAUUAUCGACAGAAUCUCUAAGUACGCCGAUAUAUCUGCACGUCGACCAAGAACCCAACACCAAUAACUCAACGCCUCUCCAAGAAAGCAGUGAGCCUCCACCGGCAUUCCUUUCAUCUUCUCUACACUCUUCAUCAGCCAGUCAAAACCCACAUCACGAAAUCCCCCAAGAACAGCUCAAAACAAUCUAUGGAACUGAAACUAAUGGUGUUGAUGAGAUUGAAUUGUUAAUGCAGCUAUUAGGCUUGUCAGAUAUUGAGCAAAGAAACCAUGAGAAAGAAGAAGAGAAAGAAAGGUCUUGUGAUGAUUCUUGUAGAUGUGAGGGUGGUUUUUAUGACAAGAUUGUUGGAGCCAAGGGGCCCAAGUGUAAAAAGGAAGUGGAGAGAUUCGAGGGGUGGAUUAAGUACUAUUUACAGAAUUGUGGUGGAGAAGAGAAGAGAGAGCCACUGAGAGUGGCUUUUUUGCUUUUGGGUAAGGCUGCUUUUCAGUAUGAGGAUGGAGAUGGUGCUAGUUUUGGUGGCUUGGAGUUUCCUUCAACAAUUGAGGAGUUUCUGAAGUAUGAUCCCCCAAGAGAAUCAAAGUGAGGCAUCAUAUUCUUGUGUGGUUUAUAUUGCUCCGUAUCUGUUUGUAGAAAUUUUCACAUAAAUGAGUUCUUCUAAGAGUUGUUGUUCCCU